AUGCAAUAAUCUCAAUACUAGAUCUGUGUGUUAGGAAGUGCGAAUUCUGAUCAUUUCCUUGAAGUUGAAGACUUUCCUAAAGAAGGAGAGACUAUCGCUUCUAAGAAAUCCUAUUUAAAAAAUGGAGGCAAGGGGGCUAAUCAAGCAGUUGCAUCGGCUCUGCUUAAAUCCAAGAUCAUCUUUGCAGGUCAAAUUGGAAAGGAUGAGCUUGGCUAAUUGUUAGUCAAAGAAAUGACAUUGGCAGGAGUAGAUUUAACUGCCCUUAGAAAAGUAGAUGAAUAAACAGGAUAGGCCAUAAUUCUGUUAAAUAAGAAAGGAGAAAAUCUUAUCAUCAUCGUUGCAGGAGCUAAUGGAUAUUAUGAAACCUUGGAUGUCUUACCACAGGAAUACCAAUAAGCUAUUGAAUCAUCAGAUUUAUUGUAAUUACAAAUGGAAGUACCACAGUCCAUCAACAUCUUGGCUGCUAAAUAUAUGAGCCAAAAUGAUAAGAUUACAGUUUUGGAUUGCGGAGGCAAAGCUGAGAAAUUAAAGAGUGAUUUCCUUGAGAAAUUGACAAUUGUGAGUCCCAACGAAACAGAAUUGGAGCGUAUCUUAGGAGAAGAUCUUAAUAUGGAUGCAGAUUCAAAUGCAGAAGAGUUUCUUACCAAAACCAUACAUGACAAGGUGUUCACUCGUUAUCCAGAUUUAAUUGUUCUAUUGAAGUUAGGUUCGAAUGGAAGUAUGCUUGUGACUAAAGGAUAUAGUGUAAGAUGUCAAACAGUGACACAAUUAAACCCUAACAUUUUGGAAGAGUACAAAAUCGUCGAUACUGUUGGUGCUGGUGAUUGUUUCACUUCUGCAUUUACUGUGUCAUUUUACAAUUCCUUAAUUGAGUUUGGACCAGCCAGAAUUUCAACUCUGAGAAAGAUAGACGUUGAAACACAAAAGAAAUUGUUCUACAAGGCCAUGCAUUUCGGAAGUGCUUCUGCAUUCUUGUGCAUUACUAAACAUGGUGCUAUGCCAUCAAUGCCAAAGUUUGAGACAGUAGACAAUUUCAUCAAGAAGUAUUUCCCAUGA